AGCUUCAUGAUUGAAAGGGGAAAUUCGUAUGUUCAGUGCAGCGAAACAGUGGGUUACAAAUAUGACUGGAAUUGGACAGGGUGCAAUUUCUCCUGAAGCAUUUGAGACUUUUUGGAGCGAGUGUACGAGUAUACACGCAGAUUCUCCUACUAGGUUCUAUAAGGAGGUUCUUAAUAAAUUUCAGAAACAAGACAGACGAGAUAUACAUUCACUUUCUGACGAUUCCACUUACGAUCCUGCCACGAAAGUAAGAUUUGUGUGUACAUCUGAUACUCACAACCAAACGGAUAGGUAUAACUUUCAAGUUCCUGAUGGAGACGUUCUGAUACAUGGCGGCGACUUUACCCAGGUCGGAUGUGUGAAGGAGGUUGAACAUUUUGCAGAUUGGCUGGACACACUACCUCAUCCUAUUAAGAUUGUGAUCGCAGGAAAUCACGAACUCUCGUUUGAUCCAAUGACCGCAUCUGAUCCCAACAUUCGUGAAAGACUAAUUGGUCGACUGCACAAGAGCUGUACCUACUUGGAAGACAACAGUGCUGUUGUCAGUGGCAUCAAGAUAUUCGGGUCUCCCUGGCAACCUUUGUUUGGAAACUGGGGUUAUAACCUAAAGAGAGGUGAGGAAUGUGCUGCGAAAUGGAAGGAGAUUCCUGAUAACACUGACAUUCUGAUAACACAUGGCCCUCCUAUUGGACACGGAGACAGGGUCCGCAACGGCAUCAGGGCUGGUUGUGUUGAUUUACUUCAAGAAAUUCAGCUCCGAGUGAAGCCUCAAUAUCAUAUUUUUGGACACAUUCACGAAGAUGCAGGAGUCACAACGGAUGGACAAACGACCUUCAUCAACGCUUCAAUGUGUACAUUAAGAUACAAACCCGAGCAAUAUCCUGUUGUCUUUGAAAUGGAUAAGAUUUCUGAGGAAACUAUUCUCGUGUCUGCUCCUGCUGAAUGGAACUUAUCAGAUCCACGAAAGAAAUAAUCAUGUGAAAUAUUAUGUGCUUUAUGUUUUCUCGUUUAAUUUUUUACGCAUGAUUUCGUACACGAUAGUUUAGUUAAUGAUAUUUCUAUCUGUCCGAAUCGUUUUCUUGAUAUGAAUGGGAAUUUACGUACUCUGAAUUCUCAGUUAUCAAUGUAGGUAUGCGUUGCUUUUAAUUAUUGAUGUAAAAUGUACAUACAGUAGUUUAUAAUGCUAUUGUAAAUUAGGAUCAAAUAUAAUAUAAUGUAUAUAA